AUGGCAGCACAGCAACAGGGAGUGAUUGGCGCGAAGGAUCUGGCGAACCUGAAGGAGCAGCUGGAGCGCAUGCCGCGCGACAAGGACCGCCUUCGCCUCAUCACCGCCGCUGCCGAGGGCCACAGCUUCACCUGCGCGCAAGUGGCCGAGCUGGUGGAGGUGCAGCACUUCGGGGAGGCCAAGACGAUGACGGGCGUGCUGUGCCACCCGAAGCUGGUCGACCCGGACAACUUCGAGUCCGUCGUCGUGGCCGCCUACCCCUACGACGAGGACAAGACCGAAGUCCGCUCCGCCCUGGGCCUCUGA